AUGCCCGGGGGCGUGGGCGCCGUCCGGCUCUGCCUGCUGGCGCUCGCCCUGCCGGCGUGGACCAGAAGAGAAAACGGGGAAGACAGCCCCCAGCUGCAGCAUGAACUAAUAAUACCUCAGUGGAAGGUUGCAGAAAACCCCACGAAAGAAAAGCAUCCACUCAAAGCUGAGCUCAGGGUAAUGGCUGAGGGGCAAGAAUUGAUCGUGGACCUAAAGAAGAAUGAGUACCUUUUUGCUCCAGCCUACACAGAAACCUAUUAUACUCCAAGUGGCAACGCUCAAACCACCAUGCUGAAAUCUAAGGACCACUGCUUUUACCACGGGACGGUGAGGAAGGCAGAACAGUCCAGUGUCACACUCAGCACCUGCCGGGGAAUAAGAGGACUGAUUGUGGUGAGAAGUAACCUCAGCUACAUCAUCGAGCCCCUUCCUGGCAGUGAGGGCCACCACCUCAUUUACAGAUCUGAACAUCUCAAGCUGCCCCUGGGGAACUGUGGGUUUGAGCACUACAAGUCCACCACCAGGGACUGGGUCCUUGAGUUUACGAACCAGACCAAGAAAAGACCUCGCAGGAUGAAAAGGGAAGAUUUACAUUCCAUGAAGUACGUGGAACUUUACCUUGUGGCUGAUUAUGCAGAGUUUCAGAAGAAUCGCCGAGACCAGGAUGCCACCAAACACAAGCUCAUGGAGAUCGCCAAUUACGUUGAUAAGUUUUACCGAUCCUUGAACAUCCGGAUUGCCCUUGUGGGCUUGGAAGUAUGGACUCAUGGGAAUAUGUGUGAAGUUUCGGAGAACCCCUACUCUACUCUCUGGUCAUUUCUCAGUUGGAGGCGCAAGCUGCUCACCCAGAAGAACCACGACAAUGCACAGUUAAUCACGGGUAUGUCCUUCCACGGCACCACCAUUGGGCUGGCCCCCCUCAUGGCCAUGUGCUCUGUGUACCAGUCUGGAGGAGUCAACAUGGACCACUCUGAGAAUGCCAUUGGCGUGGCUGCCACCAUGGCCCACGAGAUGGGCCACAACUUCGGCAUGAGCCAUGAUUCUGCGGAUUGCUGCUCGGCCAGCGCAGCUGAUGGCGGGUGCAUCAUGGCAGCUGCCACUGGGCACCCCUUUCCAAGAGUGUUCAAUAGAUGCAACAGGAAGGAGCUGGACAGGUAUCUACAGUCAGGCGGUGGGAUGUGUCUCUCCAAUAUGCCAGACACCAGGACGCUGUAUGGAGGCCGGAGGUGUGGGAAUGGGUACCUGGAAGAUGGGGAAGAAUGUGACUGUGGGGAGGAAGAGGAAUGUAACAACCCUUGCUGCAAUGCCUCUAAUUGCACCCUGAGAGAAGGCGCGGAGUGUGCCCACGGUGCCUGCUGUCACCAGUGUAAGCUGCUGGCCCCUGGGACCCUGUGCCGUGAACAGGCACGGCAGUGUGAUCUCCCAGAAUUCUGCACGGGCAAGUCUCCCCAAUGCCCCACCAACUUCUACCAGAUGGACGGCACUCCCUGCGAGGGUGGCCAGGCCUACUGCUACAAUGGCAUGUGCCUCACCUACCAGGAGCAGUGCCAGCAGUUGUGGGGGCCUGGAGCCCGGCCCGCUCCCGAUCUCUGCUUUGAGAAGGUGAAUGUGGCAGGGGACACCUUUGGAAACUGCGGGAAGGACAUGAAUGGGGAACACAAGAAGUGCAACAUGAGAGAUGCCAAGUGUGGGAAGAUCCAGUGUCAGAGCUCUGAGGCCCGGCCCCUGGAGUCCAAUGCAGUGCCCAUCGACACCACCAUCAUCUUGAACGGGAGGCAGAUCCGAUGCCGGGGCACCCAUGUCUACCGUGGUCCUGAGGAGGAGGGGGACAUGCUGGACCCGGGCCUGGUGAUGACCGGGACCAAGUGUGGCUACAACCAUAUUUGCUUCGAGGGGCAGUGCAGGAACACCUCCUUCUUUGAGACGGAAGGCUGUGGGAAGAAGUGCAAUGGCCAUGGGGUUUGCAACAACAACCAGAACUGCCACUGCUUCCGAGGCUGGGCCCCACCCUUCUGCAACACCCCCGGCCAAGGGGGCAGCAUCGACAGUGGGCCCAUGCCCCCUGAGAGUGCUGGUCCUGUGAUAGCUGGAGUGUUCACGGCCAUAUUUGUGCUGGCAUUCCUUAUGCUGAUGUACCACUACUGUAAACAGAACAACAAACUGGGCCAGCUCAAGCCUCUAGCCCUCCCUUCCAAGUUGAGGCAACAGUUCAGUUGUCCCUUCAGGGUGUCUCAGAACAGUGGAACUGGCCAUGCUAACCCAACGUUUAAGUUGCAGACUCCCCAGGGCAAGCGAAAGGUGACCAACACCCCUGAAACCCCACGGAAGCCCUCCCAACCUCCUCCUCGGCCCCCUCCAGACUAUCUUCAUGGUGGAUCCCCACCUGCACCAUUGCCAACGCACCUCAGCAGGGCUGCUAGGAGCUCCCCAGGGGCCGGGUCCCAAGUAGAGAGGAAAGAGUCAUCCAGGAGGCCUCCUCCCAGCCGGCCAGUUCCCCCGGCACCAAAUUGCAUCCUCUCCCAGGAUGUUUCUAGGCCGCGGCCGCCGCAGAAGGCACUGCCGGCUAACCCUGUGCCAGGCCGUAAGAGCCUCCCCAGGCCAGGUGGCGCCUCCAUGCUGCGGCCCACUGCCACUACCCCUCUUCAGUCCCGGCCUCUGGCAGCACCUGUCCCAAAGUUUCCUGAAUACAGAUCACAGAGGGCUGGGGGGAUGAUUGGCCCGAAGAUCUAACCCCUCUAAAGGGGUUUCUGCCUUUCCUUGAGGACUCUGAACCCCACCUCAUCCCAAAGGAUCCGUGGC